UUUUGGUUGUCGGCGUAAUGUCAAGCAGGGGCGCUAAAAAGUGGCAGCAUCAAGCUUUGAACAAAACCCUAGGGUUUUAAGAGUUGGUGCAAUGCAAUUGCAUAGUCAAGUCAUGAAAUCUUAUUAGUCAGAUUCACCGGUGACAGUCGUUUCCAGUUCUCAUUGCAAAAGGAGUGGAUUUGCCAGUUGCUGUCCAUUUUGGUUUUCAUUCUCUAUUGCCGCCUUUUCUCCUUCCCCGUCGACUAUUCACUUAUCUCCAUCUGCUGCAUAUUUUUUUAGAAAGUAAAAUUUGAGAAACAUUACCGUAAAAAAUGGAUGCUAGAUUGACGAAUGCAUGGCGAAUGACAGUGAAUGAGAAGAAAUUCAUUGAGACUGCUUUGGCUUCGGACCUGAGGAUCGACGGUCGUAAUCCCCUUGAGUAUCGUAAAAUAACAAUCAAGUUUGGCAGAGAAGAUGGGUCAUCAGAGGUGCAGCUAGGCCAGACUCAUGUAAUGGGUUAUGUGACAAGUCAAUUAGUUCAACCUUAUCGAGACCGGCCAAAUGAAGGGUCACUUUCAAUUUUUACAGAGUUCUCACCAAUGGCUGAUCCUUCAUUUGAGCCAGGCCGUCCAGGAGAAUCUGCGGUGGAGUUGGGAAGAAUAAUUGAUCGUGGUCUAAGGGAGAGCAGGGCAGUGGAUACAGAAUCACUUUGUGUUCUCGCCGGGAAGUUGGUAUGGGCCAUCCGAAUUGAUCUUCACAUCUUAGAUAAUGGGGGGAAUCUUAUUGAUGCUGCCAAUAUUGCUGCUUUAGCUGCUCUCUUGACAUUUCGGAAGCCAGAAUGCACAUUAGAAGGAGAAGAUGGUCAACAAGUGAUAGUAUAUCCACCUGAGGUGAAAGAACCACUCCCUUUGAUAGUGCAUCAUCUUCCUAUAGCAGUAACUUUUGCGUUUUUCAACAGUGAGCAUACCAUGGUGGUAGAUCCGAACCAUAAUGAGGAGGCUAUUAUAAGGGGAAGAAUGACUAUUACAGUGAACGCAAAUGGCGAUAUCUGUGCUAUUCAGAAAGCUGGAGGAUUGGGUGUGACACAGAGUGACAUAAUGCGUUGUUUGCGUCUUGCAUCUAGGAAUGCCGAGUCUAUAACAAAGAAGAUAAAAGAUGCAGUUGAGUCAUACAACACAGAGAGAGCAUUACGCAAGAUCAAGCGCCUUACUACUCCUGUUGCUGUCAAUGUUAACGUAUCUGGUGAUGUCAGAGAGCUUGAAAACAAUUUUUUUGUGCACAAGGGCAUUAGUGAGUUGUCAAGGGACAAGAUGGAGAGAUUGAAGCUAGAAUCUGAGGAAAGAUGCACCAAUCAAAGUAAUGACAUUGAUGGUGGUCUUAGGUCAUCUGAACAAGGUGGAACUAGUCGUCGAGAGGGCAAUGCUACAAAUUUCCUUGGGGGCCCCUCAAGCUGGGAUCCUUAUUCAAAGGGUGUUGAUUCAGAUGCCCUGAAAGCUUCUCUAGCUUUACGUGGAAUAUCAGCACCCAAUAAACAGAAAGGAGGUGGGCAAAAGAGCACUCAAGCCAAGGAAGAUAAAGUACCUGAAGAUACUAAACCAGCUACUUCAGCUACUGAUGCAUCUGGAACUGGGCCUCAAAUGAGUGGGGAGAAAACUUUGAAAGAUGCUGUAAAGCCUAAAAACAAGAGAAGAAAAAGGCAUCCUCCAGCAUGAAUGCAAAAUUGUUGAGGUACAAGUUCAUCAAAGUUCCGAUUGUUAAGUUCGAGGGUAGAUGGUGUUGAAGAAUUGACUCCACUCUCAACGGUGAAUGACAUGGAGGGAUCAACAGAAAGGCCUUCACAGACCUCUGUCCUUUGCCUGCUAAGGGGUCAGGUAUGACGGCGUGUUGGUCAAAUGGAUAUCAUUAUAUUUGGCAUUAUAUUGCUCAAGUUGCAUAUCCUUGGAUCUUUUUUUUGUGUAGAAUUUUGGAUUUACCAAUGUAUUAGAAAGGUUCUAUUUUCCUCAGUCCCCGUUACCCAAGGGUGUGGGGCAUGCCACACCAGCAUUGUUAUUUUCUUGGGAGUUGUGCCUGGUUUUGUUUACCAGUUCAACAGAAAGGUGUUCUGACAAAUAUGUUAUUUCACAAAGAGAAGAAAACAGAAAAAUUGUUAUGCAGAAUUAAGCAUUUAGUGGAGUGUCAUUCAACUUGCGGUACCCUUUCUGUUUUCCAUAAGCUUUUGCUAUUGUUGAGGAUUUCCUCCUUCCUGCCUGUGCCUUUUUAAUUGUGAAGGUCGUCUUUCCCUCUAUCCCUAUAUGGUCAAACACUCGAUGGGAGUUUCUGGUGAAUGAUGAAAUUUGCAAUUGAUUAGGUCAAUAUUACACUUGUUAGGUUGCUCUUAGUCAUGAAAAGGAGGGAUUUGUGAAUUCAAAAAUUUGAAGCUGAAUGGCCUCAAUUCUGAAAUUUCUACGAUACUUCUACUCUAUUUUUGGGAGGAAGGUUUUAAGCGAGAUACUUUUUCAACCCACCAAAUUGGAUCUUGCUUUGCUUUAUCAAACUUCCCUUAUCUUCAUCUGAACACAUUGUUGAAUCCAUGGGCUACAUGUGACUAAUCUUAUUUUUCUGCAGUGUUAUCUUUAGGUUUUAAGUGAUGUACUUUUCUUAUAUGAACUUAUAACCUGAAUACACACAAAAGUUAUAAAGGAAAUGAUAAAUACUACUAAACUGUGAAUAUAUGAGGAGAGAUCUGUAGUUUGAGGUUUUGAGCCCAGAAAAUAAGGGGACAAACUUGAAGGGCAAGUAGUUGUCGUGAUCAGGCCAGUUAUAGAGCAAAAUUCUGUGCAUCAUGGAACAAGUGCAUCUAUGGCCACAAUGAAGUCAUCAAUGUACUAAGGCAGCUAGCUGGCGUGUAUUGCGUCAUUCCUGAAACUUCAAUUAUUACAUUUGAAAUUGGCACCCCUAUACUGUUUUUAUCACUUUUAUAGCAAACGUUGUUGUCAUUGGUUUCAGACUGCAAGAUAACAAGAAGUUCCUACAAUUUGGGAAGGAUUAGCGUAUCCAUGUUCUACCGCAUACCAGCUAAUGACUUUAUGCUUACUUCUUUGUUGGUAAUGUUUGUUCUGUUCAGCAUAUUUUGCAUGGUAUUGAGGCUCUCAUUCGCGAGUAUUGAGAAACUCUUGAUGUAACCAAAGAACUUGUAAUGUGUUGUAUGUUUGCUCAAGUGUAAAUAACUAGAGUGGCUGGAGAACAUGUUAAUCUUUUUGGUUAUGCACAUAGCAAGCUGAAUGAAUGAAAUGGAGGGAUUGGUUCAACA